GAUUUUCAAAAGAAAAAAAAAAAACAUAAAUUUGAUUUCAUUGGUCAUUGAUAGAGAAUGAGCGGCACUGUAAAUGGAAGAAAAGAAAAAAAAGAAGCGCUAUUUUUAGAAUGAGAGAUUCACAAGCAAUUGUUUACGUUUUCCUCUUUCCAAACCGAGACUCCACCAUCAUCAUUCUUCUCUCUUCUUUCUUUUUUUUCUCUUCAUUAUUUAUCACUCUUACUUCGAUCUUUAAUUUCAAUUUUUUAUUUAAUUUUAUCCAAAUUUCACUACUGUACAUUUUAAUCACAAUUUCCACCAUUAUUAACCCUCCUCAUUACAUUUCAUCAUGUAAUACAAUGUGAUUUCAAUCAAUAGGUUUUUUUUUUUGCAGCAAUGGCGUUUGAUCAUAAUUCUGUUCCAAACGAUCUGCGUGUAUUGAAUGUGGCUCCGAUAAUGGCGGAGGAGCCGCUCAUUUCUCCGGCAAGCGUCACCUCGCCGCCGACUCCCGAUUCAGUUACCGAUUAUUUCUACCCGCCGUCGGUCUCCGCCGCCGCUGCCACAUCAGCAACAUGGUGCGUUCGCCCCAUUGUGAAUCCUGCUUCUAUUGGUUUAAACUAUGGGUCUAGUUUUGGGAACCGUGUUGUGGCUAAUAAUGCUUUGAAUUUGGGGAAUUGGGUAGGUGGUAAUAGUAAUAACAAUAGUAAUAAUGGUUUGCAUAAUAAGGCUUGUAAUGAUGGUGUAAGUGUAGUUGUAAAUGGUUUUUCUUAUGGUGGAACUAGAGUGGUUGAUGAGGUUGGGGACGAUUUGGUUUCGGGUAGGAAAGUGAAGUUUUUGUGUAGUUUUGGUGGGAAGAUUUUGCCUAGGCCUAGUGAUGGAGUGUUGAGAUAUGUUGGAGGACAAACAAGGAUAAUCAGUGUUAAGAAAGAUGUGAGUUUCAAUGAUUUGGUGCAGAAGAUGGUAGAUACUUAUGGACAGCCUGUUGUUAUUAAGUAUCAGCUUCCUGAGGAGGAUCUUGAUGCAUUGGUGUCAAUUGCUUGUCCUGAUGAUGUUGAGAAUAUGAUGGAGGAGUAUGGAAAAUUGGUUGAGAGAUCGCCCGAUGGUUCUGCUAAAUUGAGGGUUUUUUUGUUCCCUGUCUCAGAGGUUGAUUUUUCGGGUGCUAUGCAGCUCGGAGAUUUCCAGGAUACUGGUCAGAAAUAUGUUGAUGCAGUGAAUGGUGUUGUAGAUGGGAAUGUGGUUUGUGGUGGGUUCAAUAGGAAAGAGAGUGUUACAAGUGCGGCUUCAACACAAAAUUCUGAUUUGAGUGGGAUAGAGAAUAUUGAUAGUUCUGUUGCUGGUCAAGGGGAGUCGGCGUCCUGCGUGUUAUCGCCUGGAGAGAAUGUGGCUGCUUCUCCAGAUACAAGUUCAAAUACUGUUUCAUUUGGCAUGUCUGUGACUAAGACCGGUCCAACUCACACUCCAUAUAUUCAUAAUGAGGCUGAGGUAGAAAAGUCGGUGCCUGUUACUUUAUCUCAGCAGCCAUUUGAAUUGCACCAAUCAGGCAUGGAAUUUCCACCACCUUCACCUUAUUUGAACCAUGCAGAAUAUGUCCAACUUCCUCCUCAGAUGGGGUUCCCAAAUUCCCAGCUUUUAGGAAAGACUAGGCCUGUUUUUGCCCAACAACAGUUUCAUAGUAAUAAUAAUACUCCUGGUUUAGCAUUCCAUCAGGUCAUCUCUGGAGCACAGAUGACAAUGAAUCAACCUUCUUCUCAUGUUGGUGUAAGAUCAAAUGUCAUCCAACCACAACCGAUGAUACAACCACAGCGUAAUCAUUUGAACCAAUACAAUGAUGAAAAUACAUCAGGAAUAAGGAUUGUUCAGCUUCCUGCAGAACAUAGCUACAAUACAUAUCAGGUUCCAGUGAAUCAAGUUCCAUCUUUAAUAGUUGGGGGUAAUUGUGGUUUUGUUCAGGUUCCUCCACAAGAGCAUGUUGUUUUCUCUGAUGGGUUAUUACCUCAACAACAAAUAAUUAUACAAGAGAAAAUCCACCGAGUUGAGGGUUGUUCUAUGUGUCAGAAAAAGCUGCCUCAUGCCCAUUCAGAUCCAGUUGUUCAGGAUCAGCACAAUGGCAAUCCAGGUCCAGUUCCUGAUCCAAACCCGAAUUACCAUAGUUUUCCGACGGAGGACACUGUAAACGCUCAAGCAACAAAGAGGUUAACACCCUUGAAGGAAGGUGUGGUUGAAGAAUGGGUUAGCACAAGACCAAGUGUCAUUAGCAAAUUGGAAAGUCCUAAUAGAGUAACACCUUGUCCCGAUAAUACUGGGGUUUCUCAUAAUUUUGAGUCUCAGCCUGAUGGUGGGAGGAUUUUAAUGCAAAAGCCAGAAGAAUUUGAUCAUCCCAGAAAUUCAUUUAUUCAAGAAACGAUUGGUAGGACAGGUGGAAAACAUUCUUCUGGGGAUGGGCUUGGGGCCAUGAGAACGGCACCACCGAUUUAUCCAGAUGAUGUUGUCCACCAGCAUAUGAUGCCGUCUGAACAUGUCAAUAAUGAUAUACCUAUAGUUGAUGGAACAUCUACACGGACUCCGGAAUGCGUCACUCAAGCAUCUCCCAAAGAAUACACUAAUGAACAUACUGGUAUUUCUAAAUCGGAUGUGGUAGAUAAUUGGAUUAGACAAGGCUAUCUAAGACCUGUUGAUGGAAGAAUGGACACUCUCAAGGCACACAAUGAGGAAGGUUAUGUACGCAAUGACCAAUGCUUUCUUCCAGUUGAUAAAUCUUUAGAUUACAACACUCAGCUUGCUGCAGAGGAAGAGGUGAUUCUCGAUAACAACUUUGGCAUGCCAAAAUUGACAGUUGACUCAAACCAAACUAAGAUGACAUGCGUCCUGCCAUGUUCUUCUAAGGGAAUUUUAUACAGGAACAAUUCCAGGCUAGGGGAAUAUAAUGAGGAUUCACAACCACCUGUGUUGGACGUUCCUCAAUCAAAGAUUGGAAACCACCACAAGGAUGAUGCAGCAUCAUCUUCAUCAUCACCAACUGUCAUGUUUGGGGAUAUGCAAGAUUCUCCAAAUUCAGUUUUUGGCAAUCAGGAUCUCUGGAAUAUACAGCACGAGACCUUCUUUCAUCAUGUCGUACCGAGCAAAGCUGCAUUGGAGAAAGAAAACUAUUCUCAUAUGGAUCACUUUGGUGAACAUCCAGGAAGCUACAAGAAACAAAAUAUGAAUGCACAAUUGGAAGAUGGCUUCUACGAGUCGCUCAAACAGAAUUUUACUUUAGAAAAUAAUUGUUCUGGCAAAGGCUCAACAGAAGACCAACAACUUAAAGCUGUUGCAGAAGAUGUAGCAGCUUCUGUUCUGCAUCCAUGCGCCCCUUCAAAUCCUAGCUUGCAAGCCGGAGAUGUUUCCUGUCAAAAAAAUGCGGAGGACGGUGAUGUUAAAAAUAAUCUAAUAGAUGCAAAAUGUAGAGAUACAACUCAGGAUGUGAAGAACAAGCCACCAGAGAAGGGAAAUUUUGGCUUUCCAUCAUCAGGUGUUGGACGAUUGCAGGUUAUAAAGAACAGUGACCUUGAAGAGUUGACAGAAUUGGGUUCUGGAACCUUUGGGACUGUUUAUCAUGGAAAAUGGAGGGGAACUGAUGUUGCAAUCAAGCGAAUAACUGAUAGAUGUUUUGCUGGAAAGCCUUCAGAGCAAGAGCGCAUGAGAGAUGACUUCUGGAAUGAGGCAAUCAAGCUUGCUGACUUGCACCAUCCAAAUGUAGUAGCUUUCUAUGGUGUUGUACUAGAUGGCCCAGGAGAUUCUGUGGCAACAGUAACUGAGUAUAUGGCUAAUGGCUCUCUCAGAAACGCCUUGCAAAAGAAUGAGAGGAAUCUAGACAAGCGCAGACGUCUUUUGAUUGCAAUGGAUGUGGCCUUUGGUAUGGAAUACCUGCAUGGAAAAAACAUAGUACACUUUGACUUGAAAAGCGACAACUUGCUUGUGAACCUCCGUGAUCCACACCGCCCAAUAUGCAAGGUUGGGGAUUUGGGUCUAUCCAAAGUAAAAUGUCAGACACUGAUCUCUGGAGGUGUGAGAGGAACUCUACCGUGGAUGGCUCCAGAAUUGCUGAACGGAAGCAGCAGUCUUGUUUCAGAGAAGGUUGAUGUGUUUUCAUUUGGCAUUGUAAUGUGGGAACUCUUAACUGGAGAAGAGCCAUACAUUGAUUUGCACUAUGGUGCUAUUAUAGGUGGUAUUGUGAGCAACACGUUGCGCCCUGCAAUUCCCGAAUCUAGUGAUCCGGAAUGGAGUUUGCUGAUGGAGAGAUGUUGGUCCUCAGAGCCAUCAGAGAGACCCACCUUCACCGACAUUGCAGAUGAAUUACGUUCUAUGGCAACAAAACGCCAAAAUCAACAGCUACAACCCUCUCCUUUGCACACACAAGACACCAAAUGAUCUCUAUUAUGUUAUUUUUACAUUCCAAUAGAAGCAAAACAGGGGGAAAAGCGCUUCCCAGAUGCACUUUUUACUGAAGGAAGUUCUUCUUGCUUUCUAAUGCACUUUUCCACAGCUGUACAGCAAGAAGCUUUAACAUCAGAUUUAUCUUUGUAAUGUUUUCAUCCAUUUGACCCACCAAUGCAUUUUGCAAACCAUGUAACAUGUCAAAGGGAAGGGAAGGCUAGGAUUUAUUUAUUUAUUUUUAAUAUAUUGGUAACCUACUGUUGUUAUCAAGUAUCAGGCUUUUUAAGAUUUGCUGCAAGGUAUUCUACUAUAUUGGUUGAAAAGGAUUGAGAGAAAAUGCAAGACAUCAUUAGAUUGAGUCAAAAAUAUAUUUCAUUUCAUUUUA